AUGCACUACCAGCCCCAGCUGCCAGUGCUUCAGUGCUUGACCUUGCACGUGGCAGCCGGGCAGAAGCUGGGCCUGGUGGGGCGCACGGGCAGCGGCAAGAGCUCGCUGCUGGCGGCGCUGUUGCGGACCACGGAGCUCUCCUUGGGCCAAGUCUUGGUGGACGGUGUGGACAUUCGCCGGGUCCCUCUGGCUCGGUUGCGCGCAGCGGUGUCCUUGGUUCCGCAGGAGCCCGUCCUCUGGAGCGGCACUGUGGCGGAGAAUUUGGACCCCGCCCAACGCGCUUUGCCCAAAGACCUGGAGGAUGCCCUGUGCAAGGUUCACCUCGACAAGAAGUUGGACAUGGGCUCCGAUACCAGGGUCGAGAUGCGGGGGAAUAACUUCAGUCUCGGUGAGAGGCAGCUGUUAUGUAUUGCACGGUGCAUCGCACGCCACAGUCGGAUAGUACUGGUGGAUGAAGCUACCAGCUGUGUGGAUGGCGAGACGGAUGCGCUGAUUCAGGACGCCCUGCAUCGCCAAUUCAAGGGCGUCACCAUGCUGGUGGUGGCGCAUCGCCUGCAGACGAUCAUGGAUGCAGAUCUGAUCGCGGUCCUGGAUGCGGGGAAAGUGGUGGAGACAGGCGCUCCAGGACAGCUGCUUGCCGAGCAGACUCGUUUUGCGGCACUCUGUGAGAAGGCGCCGCUCUCGUCGCUUCUGAGCCUUUGA